UCCAGCUGUCCGUCCCACUGCAGCCGCCGCCGCCUCCCGCUGGGGCUGCCUGGUCUUGAGGGGAAAGGAGCCCCUAAACGGCGCUGGAAAGAAACAAAACCGACGAAGAAAAACCCGGCGGGGGAAGCACGAGGAGCUGCCCUUCCAGCCUGGAAGCGAAAGUGAAAGGCGGCGGCGGGGACGCCGGCCGCGGGGCGGGCGGGCGACACCCGCGUGCGGACAGGAGCCCGGCGGGGCGGCAGAGGCGCUUUGUGAGCUCACGGCCCCGUCACAGAGCCGCUCCCGGCCGCGCUGCCCCGUGCCCCGUGCCCGUGCCCAUGCCCGCCGCCACCGGGCUGCAGCCGCUGCUGGCGGGGCAGGCGCCGACGCCGGCGCGGCCGGGCGGGAUGCGGUGCUGCCUGCCCGGGCUGGCCUUCGUCCCCGCGCUGCUCGUCAGCUGGUCCUCGGCCGCCUUCAUCGUGUCCUACGUGAUCGCCGUGCUGGAGGGCCACGUCCAGCCGCUGGUGCCCUACAUCAGUGACACAGGAACAAAACCUCCAGAGAGUGGCAUCUUUGGAUUUAUGAUUAACAUUUCAGCACUUUUAGGUGCAGUUACAAUGUACAUCAGAUAUUUAAUAGUAGAGAAGCAAAAAGAGUCAUCAGAUUUUGUUGGUUCUUUAUUUAACUUAAUUACACUAUGCAUUGGAUUGCUGGGCUGUAUUGGAAUGGGCAUUGUUGCAACUUUUCAGGAGCUAGCUGUUCCCAGCGUCCACGAUGGAGGAGCUCUUAUGGCUUUUGGUGCUGGUGUGGUAUACAUUACACUUCAGUCUAUCAUCUCUUACAAAUCAUAUCCACAAUGGAGCAGCCGCUGUAUAUGUUAUAUACGGAUAAGCAUCUCUGUAGUAUCGUGCAUAGCUGUCAUUCCCAUGAUUGCAUUUGCUUCACGAAUUUCUAUAACGAAAAUUGAUUGGAUUCCAGGUGAAAAGGGGUAUGUUUAUCAUUUUGUGAGUGCAAUCUGUGAAUGGACAGUGGCUUUCGGCUUUGUCUUCUACUUCUUAACCUUCAUUAGAGAUUUUCAGCGAGUUACUUUACGGAUAUCAACAGAAAUGCACGAAGACUUCUGAUAGGAGAGACAUUAUAGGUUUUUUUUCAAUGAACAUUAUAUAGAGUUUUUUUUCUUACUGAAGAAAAUGAUGCAGAGAAACAGGGCUUUUCAGUGCUGACAGGAAACCCACUGCAAUCAACUUUGCAAUCUAUAUAAUCAUACCUACAAAACCUUUUUUUUUUUUUUUAAAUGAAUAAUAUUUUUAAGUUUCCUUUUCCCCUAUGAGGGUUCUCUUUAGUCUGUGUCCUUGCAAUAUUUUGUAUUUUUAUACCGUUUGAUAAUUAAAAAGAAUACGAAAAGGUGACCUGCAAUUUCAAAGUCUUUCAUACGUGUAGAGGCUCCUCAACUCUUCUUUAUUGGACACAUUCUUGUUUUCCAUUUUUAAUCAUCUUAUUCAUAACAAUAAUCUUGAACUGAAAGGAAAAACAUGAUUUGCAUGUUACGAGCAGACAGAUGUAUUUUUCAAAGGCCUAUAGAUUUAUGGUUACAGUAUUCCAUGAUUUGUAAUCCCCAUUCAGGAUAACGGGAUAAGUAUUUUGUAUUGAAAGUUUGAACUGUUUGUAUUGCCUGAAAAAUAUUUCUGUUCAUCAGCUUAAGUAAUUUUGUAAGACUAUGAGAAGGUUAACACCUCCUUUCAGUGGUGGCUAUGAGAAACAUAGUACUGACUAAUGAAGCGGGAAGGAAAGCAUAGUACAAUAUUAGUUUUCUGAAAGAUCUAUCAGGAAAACUGGAACGUUUAGCAUGUUACUGCCAACUUUGUAGCAGGGCAAAAUUAUUCCAAUGUAUAUGCAUUAGUCAGUGACAGUGGAAGGAAGAGAGCUUAUUCUACAGUCAUAAAGAAGUGAGGGAGUGGGAGAAGGAAAGCACUAAUGCAUUAGCAGGUUUAGUUUAUAUAAAGGAAUUGAUGGUCAUUACUGAGGGGCUUUUGAGGUUGGAAUAUGCCAUGUUUGCUGCUAACAUUUUUUUUGCCAUUAACAUUUUUAAUUUUUUUAAAGAGUUCUUUGUCAAUUGAAAAAUCUGCAAUGAGUUCAUUAUACUAAUCAAAGAUCAUAUCAUAUUACAACCAACCAGAUUCUUGUGUUUUCUGGUAUUGGAAACCAGCAAUAUUCUCUAUGGAGUAUAGAAAAAAAAGGAAGCAUUUAUACUUGUUCACCAGCCUCUUAUUGUGCACUAAUCACACUGCUAUUAGUCUGGCUAGCAAAAAUCAGAAUUGUCAUGACAACAAUCAUAUGUAGAAAUGUUAAUAAUUGGCAAGUAUGGAUUCAUUUUCUAUCAGAUGUCUGGUCAGUUAUCAGUUGAGAGUGAUGUUUAAGACUUGUUAGCUGCUAUGUGUCCUUUAAUAAGUAUAUUAAACCUAAUACCUUGUCA